AUGAAGAACGCCAUCUUACCAUCGGUUUCAUCACAGCUUUACAGUUAUGGAAACAAUGCGAUCAUCACUGAAAUCCCAGUGCAAAUGGAUGGCAAAGUGUAUGUCAUCCUAUUAUCUUCACAAUUUAAACAUUUGCAAGCAAGCACUUUGUUUGAGAAAGAGAUCAUUCUCAAAUCGGUUCUCGGAAGGAGAAAGAAAAUGUGUUCAGAAAGUCCUAUCAAGCAUUUGCUCAGUGAAGGCUUUGCUACUCAGUCUCAAUUCUCCCUCAACUGCCAACCAGGGCCGUCCUCGCUGAUGACAAUGGAAGGACUAGAUUACCCUUGGUUAGGAGAUGGUUAUCUAAGUACCUAUGAUUAUGAUAUUCCUCAAAAGCCAUUGUCCCAUAACAAGAAGCUUCCAGUUCCUCAAUGUCAAGCUGACUUUCAGGGCAUACAAAAUUCAAGAAAACGUCCAAUUGACAUUACUAAGCUCGUAUCUAAAAGGAACUCUAGUAAACUGGUGGGCAACAAAUCUGCGCUGAAUGAAGGUACAAGAAAUAAGAAGAUGGAACUUUGCUUUCAAGAGCAGGGGCACACCACAAUCCAGGAAGAGAGAAUGGAAACCCAAAGAGCGCCCGCACGGAGAAGCCAAAAGCUAAGUGACAGAAUUACAGCUCUGCAGAAACUGGUUUCUCCUUAUGGCAAGGCUGACACAGCUUCAGUUCUUCAAGAGGCUUCCAUAUCUAUCAAGGUUCUUCAAGAUCAAAUUCAGAAUUUGUUGGAGACGCUGAGUACCUCAUAUGUCAGCAUCAGACCUCUUCACUCACAGUUACAGGAAACUGGAGGGAAACAAUUCAAUUUGCGCAACAGAGAGCUUUGCUUGGUUCCAGUAUCUUUCACUCACAGAUUGGCAAAGGAAGGUCAUGCUAAUCCACACGCUGCCUAAUACUGAAAUGCCUCCAUAACUAGCUUCACUCUGGUACAAAGUGUGCCACUACACAUAUCUUUGAAGCGUAA